AUAUGGUGGUAAUUUUUUGGAUGCUUGUCGACAUGCAAGUAUGCAACGAUGGAUUUAUCAUCAAACUUGUGGGAAAAAAUCAAAGAAAGUGACGACCAUAUGGACAUUGGCACUAUAUCUCUUGCUUUGUAUAACUCUAUUCUCCAUCACUUUCUUCUUAUUUCCUCAUAAUUCUUUCAACCCCAUCAACGAUUACAAUGUUCUCUACGUCGAACCUCAACUAAAUUUUAAGGACUGCGACUUGUCUAAAGGACAAUGGAUUCGAGACGAAAGAGGUCUCUCUACACAAACUUUUCCUGCCCUACAAUAACCGACUCGAAAAACUGCUUAAAACAUGGGAGACCAAACACAGAUUUCUUGUUCUGGAGAUGGAAACCCGAAGGAUGUGAACUUCCGAGAUUCAAUCCCAAAGCUUUUCUCGAUCUUGUUCGCGGCAAAAAGAUGAAUUUCAUUGGUGAUUCAGUAGCCAGAAACCACAUGGAGUCUCUUCUCUGCCUCUUGUCAAUGGAAGAAACUCCAAAAGAUAUCUACAAGGAUGCAGAUGACAGAAACAGGAUAUGGUACUUUCGAGAGCAUGACUUCACUCUAUCUACCUCAUGGACUAAGUUUCUAGCGAAGGAUCUGCCUAAUACAGACAUUGCCAUUGUUUCAGCUGGUCAUUGGUUAUUCAGACCAAUAUACAUACAUAGAGGAGAUGAGACAAUUGGUUGCAUCUUCUGUGACUUACCAAACAUGACUCAGAUUAGCUUGAAAGAAGGGUUUAAGCUGGUAUUCUCAGCUGCUUUUAAGCACAUCAAUGGAUGUCAUAACUGCAAAGACAACUUAGUGACGCUUCUCAGGACGUUUUCGCCUACCCAUUUUGAGAAUGGGACUUGGAACACUGGAGGAGCGUGCAGGAGGACGAGCCCCUUUAGGGUAAAUGAAAUCGACCAGCGAAGUAGCGAUAUGGAAAUCAGAGCAUCUCAGAUAGAACAGCUUGAAGAGAUUAAACGUAACAGCUUAAAAAAGAAGUUUGCGGUUUUGGAUGUGACUAGGGUUAUGCUAAUGAGACCAGACGGGCACCCAAAUUCUUACGGGGGGAAUAAAUGGAUGAAGGGUUUCAAUGACUGUACUCACUGGUGCUUGCCUGGACCAAUCGAUGCCUGGAGCGAGUUUCUUAUGGCCUUACUUAGACAACUAAGGUAAAUCUUGAGGAUAAGAACUUUUAAAAAGUAGAAGGUGAUGAUGUCUUUGAUUCAAUUCUCAUAGCAAGCAACCUUUAGUCAUAUGUUUUACAAAGAGAAGACACAAAUUUACAGGACAUAUACAAAACUGUACAUACCUGGCAUUGUUUCAUGUAUUCAUGAUCAUAGCCUGCAAAAAACAUUGAGCAGAGGAAUAACAGUCUCACCAUUCUUAGGGUUCAUGUGAAGACAUGAAACAUAAAAUGUCCUGUGAUCU